CCAAACAUUACAUAGAGAGAGAGAAACACAGAGAGACACGCACAUUUGCAGAGCGUAAAUCUGGUUCGCAUUGGGGCAUCCCCGAUCGAACCGCUUGCCAGUCAAUUGUGGAAAAAGUUGUGGUUCGUUGCGUACGCAAAAUGUCGAACAGUGAAGAAAACCAUAAAGAUUCCUUGUACAUCGUAGAAAUUUUUGAAGCUAUCAGGAAUAAAGAUGAGCACGCAUUGGCCCGCGUCUUGGAGCAAUCGACCAUCAAAUCUAUCCUGCUGUACAACACAAAGUACGGCAUUUCACCGCUGGCUUACUGUAUACAAACCGGCGACGUGAGUCAUCUUGGUUUGGUGCGCUGCUUGCUGAGGAGUGGACUGUGCGACAGUGAAGUUGUUGAUAGCAAUGGUCAAACAGUGCUGGCGAGCUUAGCACAUGCGCCGAACCGCAAUUUAAACUUCCUAGAGCGCAUUAUUGAGAUCGAGAUUGAAGGAGUCGACGAUGCGACCGCUUGCUACAAGAUGCUGAAACAUAACUCCCUAGAGCUGUUCCAGGCGUUUCUCGCAGUGAAGCAAUAUGACGAAAGUCGGCUGUUUGAAAGUCUCACCAGUGCAAUGAUUAAAUUAAACGUUAAACAGUUUCACUUUUCGUUAAACUUGAGGAUGUUGGUGUUACGUAUGUUGGCAGAUUAUGGAUACAAGUAUUUGUCAGGCGACUCGGUGGGACUGCGCGAGAACAACGCACAUGAAUGGAAGGAUCAUGUCGAUGUUAUAAGAGCAUGCUGGAAUCGUAUAGCGGAGAAGUAUGACACCGGAAAGUACGAGGAUAUCGACGAUCGAUUUCUACACGAAUUGCAUGUCAUCCAUAAUCAUCUGUACUUUCUUCAGCACAAACAGUUUCUCGAAUAUUUGCCAGUUCGGGAGGCAAUAUUUUGUUUGGCCGUAUUUUUAAACACUUUUAAACAAUCGCCCAACUUCGAUGUUUAUCGUUUGAUGGUGCAUAAGUGUCUUGUGGUUGACUUUGUGCGUAUGGUUUCCUUUCAGCUAGUUCUUGUGAAGAAAUGUCUUGAGAGUGCGGAACUCAUCCUUACGUCGUUGAUAACAGAGACAGAAUCCUUUAUCGCCCCAAUCAAGAACGAUCUGAUUGAAGAGCUGACGAAGAGAAUCGAAUUGUCGGCUUUAGGAAAUCGAAAACCCUGCGGCAAGUUUAUGCCAUUGAACGCGUCGAACGGCAAUAAAGAUGCGAUCAUUCGAAGCUUGUUGCAAAAGAUGAAAAAAGUUGAUAAAUGCUGGACCGAGGUAAAGAACAAAGAGAUACGGGAAAAACACCGUCAACAUCUUAUCGAGCUGCUAGAGAGUAGACUGGAACACGUGGUACAUCCACAAAAUGUCGCCGAUCGCAUAAUGGCGCGAACAAAACGAAAUCCACUUACAGAGCACUCGGUGAUCGCAAUUGAUAUUGUAGCAAACGCAUUGUUUGAUUUGGAUCAUUUAAUGCGAGGUAAGGAUCGCCGUAUCACACGGAAAUUGAUUAAGUGUUACAAUCAAAUGAAGCAAUUACACUCGUUAAACAAAAUCGUCACCACCUUUGGCCAUGUUGCCAAAGUUAAUCGGGCGAAUGUGGAAGUGUUUCGAAAUUGUUUGAAGCGUGCCGUCACGGUACUGGGUGAAAUGAUGAAAAGCACGAAUAGUACUCCAAACAUGCCUAAUGGCCGGUUAAAGGAAGCGAUGGAACAGAUGCUUACGGAGCGUUUUGCAGCAAUCCAUAUUUACCAUCGAGACAACUACGCACGGGAAUUUUCUUUUGCACGACUGCUACUCGAUGGUGAGUUGGAGCAAAGAGUCUAUAGUGAGUUACCCAACCAUACGGUCGUUAUAAGCAUGGUUGUAAAUCUUUUGUUUGUGAUACAGUUAGCAAACGUUCGUCGCAGCUUCUACGGAUUGCUAGUUCGGUGCGGUUCCUUAGAACAGCUCCGAGCGCUAGUAAUCUGGGUCGGUGCGAAGGAUCCAGCGUUUCCAAUGGAACAUGAUGCAUUUCAAAAAGUCAAGGAAUAUUUCGCCAGUAUUAAAGAACUGUUUGCGGAGCUACGUGAGGGACAAGUGGCAAAAACACUUCAAUUCAUCGAUGUGGACAAACAAUUUAUCGUUCAAUGUGCGAUUGUCGAUGAACUGGAAGCUAUGGUAAUGGCCGAAACUCAGUUCAACUUUGAAAGCCUACGAAAAACAUGCUUCUCUUGUAAAUGCAUAACAACGUUACGAAGAAUCCUCCACUGGAAAUUAAACUCAUACCACCCAAACAGACUGCUCGAAACCAUCUGCACUAAAUGGGACCCUAACGUGGAGAAACUGUCUCACGUUGAAUUUAUGGACAAUCGCUUAAUAUGGAUCGACCCUACGACUGUAACAAGCAAACUCUCCAUGUUAUUAAGCGGAUCUAGUUCGGCUGAUGAAAGACACCAAUUAUCUCGCACCAGCGAACUAAUCCAGACUAUGAACAUAAUAGUUGAAGAGGAAGACGCAUUAUUACAGCUCAAUAAAAUGCUUCGUUCUUACUAUGACAACAUUUUCUUCCUGGAUAACAAGUGGAAGGUAUUGGAAUCGUUUUGUAGACAUCGUCAACUACCAUGGGACAGUACACUAGCGCGCGAUCUUCGGCGAAGCGACCAAGAACAUCUGCAGAAACUAUUCGAUGAACGACGCGGAAAGCUACGUUCCAUACUAGAGAUGAACGAUGUACGAAUAGUAGAUGCGCUAGACGUUGGAAUGUUAUUUUUACAAAAAGACAUUCGCGAUUCCCUCGAAUAUCUGCAGCUGGAAUUGUGCGAAAUGUUAAUCGCGGUAGGAUACUUCGGUGAUAGCUUUUACUAUAUGAAGCAUAGGAUUCCGAUGAUACAGGGGAAAAACUACCGAAAUUUGCUUGCGCACGGUUCACUGUCCUACAAUUUGCUCACAGACAGUGGGGACGCAAAGAUUGUAGUUAAUGCAUUCAUCCUUGCCAAUACAGAAGUUCGUUUGUUUGACAGCAGACGUAACAAAGCGCCUGACCUGCAAUUCCCAUCCCUAGAGGAUACGGAUAGAUGGGUUGAAGAACAGCAGCAACUACUGGCAGCCAUUAAGACGAACGACUUGAGCAAAAUUCAUGAUUCGAUACGUGCCGGUGGUGAAAUAAAAAGCCUCUUUUGCUCUUCACCCAACAUUAGUCACUAUCCGGCGACGUGCCUUUCGAUUACAUUUCAUCUACAAGGUAUUUAUAAUUCGGAUCCAUCCAUUGUAGCCUUGCUCGGUCUUUAUAUUCCAAACCUCACCAAUCUUUAUCGGCACUCAAACUUCCUGCUCGAGAGUGCAGUAAUACGACGUGAUUUUGACACUGCUUCAAAGCUAACAAACGAAAGCACACCACUUCAUGAAGAAUUCUACGGUUGGCCAAAUCUUUUCUCUCAUAUAUUAUCUAAAUUGUUCGUCACCAAAACGCGACCAGAAAGAGAGAAAAUUUUAGACCAUUUUCUUGAUUAUGGUAAUGAAAAAUGUGUUGAAGAAAUGGUUGAACACCUUAAUCACUACCUUAUCAUCGAAAAUGAUCCAGAUAUUGUAUGUAAAGCUAUUCUUCGAGGACUCCGCCCGACUGUUGAGCUUCUCGUGCGUAAAGCGUGCCGUUUACAUCCAAAGUCGCUAGAGUUGGCGAUUGUAAUGCAUUGGAACGAUAUGCUGAGUGAUAUGGCGGCCAAAACGGAUCUUGGUGAUAACGUAUACGUUACUCUACUCCGGACGUCGAUAGAAGUAAAUAAUGUUACUGCUUUAGUACAUUUUCUCAACACUCAACAGAUUACGGAGAAUGCGCUUCGAGAAUGUUAUCUAGCGGCUUCUUUCUUUGGAAGAUGUACCAUUUUAAAGUAUUUACUAACAAAUUAUCGACCGAUGGAUCAUAAUGUUCUUGCAACUGCUAUCCAUAAUGCUACGCUUUACAACUACUGGCGGUGUGUGCGGUUGCUAUUGGAUGCAGGUGCGGGUGUUGAUGUACUAAUCCCUGGCUACGAAGAUGCGGAAUCAAACGUGCUGCUACUGCUCGUCAUGUACGACCAAAUUAGACUGAUACGAAAAAUAAAAUCUGUAAAUCGUACUAUCUACGGCACGCUUACGGAGCAUCCAUUUUCGGUAGCUUUGCGUAAUGAUACGGCAUCUAGCAGAAUGAUACGCGCAUUAAGUGCACUUGGAUUUGGCUGGCUCGAUAGCUCCACCACGCUGCAUGAAGCGAUUUCGCAAGGAUACGAUCAGCCUGCCUGGAAUACCAUGUGGAGAGAAAUCAGCGAUCAACUUGUACACCGUUCCGUGCUGGCUUCUGAUCACUGCGCACUACAUCUCAUUGUACUUCAGCGAUGGAAGAUGAUCGCUUUCGUAGAGGAGUGCAAUAUGGACGAAAAUGCUUUGGGCUGUGCGGCAGCAACGGGUGAUUCCCGGGUACUACGUACACUGCUGGAUCGGUUGUGCAGCAUGCGGCAAUUGAGUGAUAUCGGGGUGUUAGGAGAUAUUGUAUUUCUGGCAGAUACCUCCAUCAUACAACACUGCAAAGGAGAGAAAAACGUUCAUGCAAAUUUAGCGUCAUCUUGUGACGAUAUGAUUAGAAGGAUAAAUGCUUUGUCUUCUACAAUUAGCGAUGUACAGUUACAAGAGCGUACGAUAGUUGGUGGAGAUGUAUCCAUUAAGUUUGUUGUACCUGCUCACGUGCAGGUAAACGAGGAUGCAGCAGACCUACGGUUCAUAGACAGUUUCACCCUGGUGGAAAGUUUACACGGAAUGCAUGAGAUCAGCAAUUCACUAUUCACCACGCACCCAAUAGAGCACGGAAAGUUUUCCAAAGAUGAUCGCACUACAUUUUUUAUGCGAAUAGAAAACGUCUGCUGUGUGUAUGACAUGUACGCAACAGGUAGUCGGAUCGACUUAACCAACAUACUAAACGCUAAAGCUGGUGGAGGAGAGACUGUUUUGAUGACCGCUAUCAAGAAUGAGUGUGACCUGGAAAUGGUCCAGUCGUUAAUAGAGAUGGGUGCAAAUCCGCUGCUGGCAGACAAUCGCGGACAUACUCCAAUCGAUUCAGCCUUACGUUUUCGGUCCCCUAGACUGGCGCUAUAUUUGAUAGAUGAAUGUCUUCGGCGAGAUCUGCGCAGUGACGAUGGAGCCAGCGUGCUGGACGUAACUGAUGGAAUCGGGGAAAAUAAAAUAAUACACUCAACCGCUAUGAAAGGACAUGAAGAGGUUUUAACUCGGUUGAUUCAGCUUCAAGUUGAUGCAACGGCCAGAAACAUGUACGGUUACACACCAGCCCACAUUGUGGCUAGUAUUCCGCUUACUAAUACCAUUCCUAUGAUGAAACAAUUAUUAGACUACGACCGCACACCGGUGGAUAUGUUGGAUUUCAGAGGUGCUACCUUGUUGCGUUUGGCCGCCAAGGCUGAUGCGAUUGACAUGCUUGACUUGUUAAUGGAGUACAAUCCAGAUCUUACCUUACAAUCCAAUCGGGCUGCACUUUACGAGGCGGUUAAGCUGCAACACGUCCAGUGGGCAAAACGAUUCUUGCACCAUGCCAUCGAAAAGGGUGUGUUGAAUGUAACAAGCAUGGAAGACGAUGGAGAUGAUGUCGUGAUUAUGUCGCUGAAGUGUGCUGACUUCGAAUUGGCACGUGCCUUGCUGGAGUAUGAACUGGGGCAUCCAUUGGAAGAGAUAACUGCAGAUGAUCGUCCGAGAAUCGAAGCCGUCCUGAAAGCAUCCACCUCAAAGAUACCUAAAGUUCCGGUCCAACAUCUGCUUGAAUUAAAAGGAUUGAAUGAAUCAGAUAACUUUCUUAUAUUCUUGUCCAAUCUGCUUAAAGAACGAUUUCCUUAAUAUGAGUAUCAGAUACGUUACUUACGGACGGGAGCUAGAAUAAUAAACGUGUGAAUUCAUUCUAAAAUAA